ACGAAGCAUAGGGGUGCAAUUCUGUUGAGCUAGAUCUCCGUGGUGCAUGCGCGUCAGUGCAGGGAUGUCAGCGUAUUCUGAGAAGAGAUCAUCCCUCCGUGCUGCGUGGUAGAGAGCUGAACAUAGCUGUAUAAGAGAGUGAGGAGAGGAGAAGCGUUCUGUGUAGAGGGAACACCGGGGAAUCGUAAUCAAUGAGGGUGCAAGCAAAAUUAAAAUAGAAGGCGUAUUCCAAACGUUGAAACACCCUUCACGGAAGGGUGAUAAGGGCCAGGGACCGAGAGAAACGUUUUCCCUCAUUUUAUUAUAUUCUGUAAAGGAGCGACCGAUUCCCUUGCAAUCAUGGGGAACCGGGGGAUGGAAGACCUUAUUCCUCUGGUGAAUAAAAUGCAAGAUGCCUUUUCGGCCAUCGGUCAAAAUUCUCAGUUGGACCUGCCUCAAAUUGCUGUGGUUGGCGGGCAGAGUGCAGGGAAAAGCUCGGUGUUGGAGAACUUCGUUGGGAAGGAUUUCCUUCCCCGUGGCUCUGGCAUCGUCACCCGCCGUCCCUUGGUCCUGCAGCUGAUUAACUGUCCCACAGAAUAUGCUGAGUUCCUUCACUGUAAGGGGAAGAAGUUCACAGACUUCGAUGAGGUUCGGGGGGAGAUUGAGGCGGAGACGGACCGCAUCACUGGGCAGAAUAAGGGCAUCUCCCCUGUGCCAAUCAACCUCAGGGUCUACUCCCCACAUGUCCUGAACCUGACUCUGGUGGACUUGCCGGGGAUGACCAAGGUCCCAGUAGGGGACCAGCCUGCGGACAUUGAGCAGCAGAUCAGAGACAUGUUGUAUCAGUUUGUGACCAAGGACAACUGUCUGCUGCUGGCUGUUUCCCCGGCCAACUCUGAUCUGGCCAACUCAGAUGCCCUGAAGAUUGCCAAAGAAGUCGACCCACAAGGUCAGAGGACCAUUGGUGUGAUCACCAAACUGGAUCUGAUGGACGAGGGUACUGAUGCCCGAGAAAUCCUGGAGAACAAGCUGCUGCCACUGCGAAGAGGUUACAUUGGUGUGGUGAACAGGAGUCAGAAGGAUAUUGAUGGGAAGAAGGACAUUACAGCGGCCAUGGCUGCAGAGAGAAAGUUCUUCCUGACCCACCCUGGAUACAGACACCUGGCUGAACGCAUGGGCACCCCCUACCUACAGAAAACACUCAACCAGCAACUGACCAAUCACAUCCGGGACACUCUGCCGGGGCUGCGGGCCAAGCUGCAAAGCCAGCUGCUGUCUAUAGAGAAGGAAGUGGAGGAGUACAAGAACUUCAGACCCGAUGACCCCUCCCGCAAGACCAAGGCCCUGUUGCAGAUGGUGCAGCAGUUCUCAGUGGACUUUGAGAAGCGUAUCGAGGGCUCUGGGGACCAGAUCGACACAGCAGAGUUGUCAGGAGGAGCCAGGAUCAACCGCAUCUUCCACGAGCGCUUCCCCUUUGAGCUGGUCAAGAUGGAGUUUAACGAGAAGGAGCUUCGCAAGGAGAUCAGCUACGCAAUCAAGAACAUCCACGGCAUCAGAACUGGCCUCUUCACUCCGGACAUGGCUUUUGAGACCAUUGUGAAAAGGCAGAUCGGCAAGAUCAAAGAGCCCUGCCAGAAAUGUGUGGACAUGGUCAUUUCUGAGCUAGUCAAUACCGUUAGGCAGUGUACUCAGAAGCUGGCUCAGUACCCCAUGCUGAGGGAGGAGAUGGAGAAGAUUGUCACCCAGCAUAUCCGAGACCGCGAGAGCCGCACCAAGGACCAGGUGAUGCUGCUGAUUGACAUUGAGCUGGCCUACAUGAACACCAACCACGAGGACUUCAUUGGCUUUGCCAAUGCCCAGCAGAGGAGCAGCCAGGUGGCCCAGAAGAAGCAAACUGGCAGUAAGCAGGAUGAGAUUAUGCCGGAGAGAGGAGCGGUUAAUGAUCGGUUUAAGGUGAUCAGGAAGGGUUGGCUGACCAUCAACAACAUUGGCAUCAUGAAGGGAGGAGCAAAGGAGUACUGGUUCGUCCUGACCGCUGAGUCCCUGUCCUGGUACAAGGACGAUGAGGAGAAAGAGAAGAAGUACAUGCUCCAGGUGGACAAUCUGAGGCUGAGGGAUGUGGAGAAGAGCUUCAUGUCCAGCAAGCAGAUCUUUGCCCUGUUCAACACGGAGCAAAGAAAUGUAUAUAAGGACUAUCGUCAGCUGGAGUUGGCCUGCGAGAGUCAGGAGGAGAUAGAUGGGUGGAAGGCCUCCUUCCUUAGAGCUGGAGUGUAUCCUGAACGUGUCACGGAGAAGGAGGGAAAGCAGAGUGACAGUGGAGACGGAGAGAACGGCUCAGAUAACCUCAUGCACUCCAUGGACCCCCAGCUGGAGAGGCAGGUGGAGACCAUCCGUAACCUGGUGGACUCCUACAUGGCCAUCGUCAACAAGACCAUCAGGGACCUCAUGCCCAAGACCAUCAUGUACCUCAUGAUCAACAAUACCAAGGAGUUCAUCAACGCGGAGCUGCUGGCCAACCUGUACCACUCUGGGGACCAGAACAGCCUGAUGGAGGAGUCCCAGGAGCAGGCCCAUCACCGCGAUGAGAUGCUCCGCAUGUACCAUGCCCUGAAGGAGGCCUUGAGCAUCAUCGGAGACAUCAGCACCACCACCGUCACUACCGCCAUGCCGCCACCCGUAGACGACUCCUGGCUGAGGCCGGGGGGAAACAACUCCGGGGGCAGGUCUCCAGCUGCCAGUCCCACUCCAAACAGAAGGGCUCCCCCAGGUCCUCCUGGUCGCCCUGUCUCCCGUGGCUCAGCCCCUGGCCUCCCUCCUGGUCCCCCUGUCCCCUCUCGCCCGGGGGCCUCCCCGGAUCCUUUUGGUGGGCCACCACCAUCAGUCCCCUCCAGGCCUAACCGUGCACCCCCCGGUGUGCCCAGAAUCACUAUCAGUGACCAAUGAGGACUAACGCUUCUGCCGAAGACCCCCUCCCUCACCAACCCACUAAACUACUGAAGCCCCCCUCCCCUCCAACCCACCGCCUACCCCAUGGCAGAGAGACCAAGGACUGCAGAGCAACCUACCUACCUAGACCUGACCUAGACCCUUCUUCCUCCUCUACUAAAUGACAGGGUCACGUCACACACACGUACAAACCCACACCAUACACACUGUAUACCCCCAAUACACAGAAAGGCAUUCACCCUCCAUUGCAAAUAAAGGUCAAUUGUUGAUUAGCAUUACAAUACAUUUACACCUGUAAGUAGUCACACACUUAAAUGGGCAGGGAUAUGCAGCAAACAUGGAUGAGAUAGUUAAGAAUGCUGUGCUGAAAUAUUUGUCGUUUCUCACCCUCCCCUUCGUAUGGGUAUUUCUCUUCCUCUCAUAUCUGAAUGAUUUCUUCUCUGAUCAUAUUGGAUUUGAUAAUGAUAUUUUUGUGCUGUGUUGAUUCUCUAUUCUAUGUGUUGAUUCUCUCUCGGGAGUAGAUGCAUUAUCCAUCUAUCUAGCGAGGGGGAGCGGAUCAAAAGGAAUAACUGCAUCUGAAAAACAGAGUUUUUUUUCUUGUCUUCUGCUAUGAUCGUCAUGAUCCAUACUGGUCCUUAAAGUCACAGGCUAGGACACACCUGACAUCGAUGGGAAAGUAGGAAAAACACAGAGAGAAAAUGUACAUUUCAUUACCAAUACUGACUGUAAUGCGUCAGAGUGUAAUGUGGUGUCUAUCUCACUGCACUUAUAUUGUGUAUUCUAUUUAUUAUGAUACGUUGAUUAAUGUGACCUUUUAUAUCUAAUAUUACAACAGUGACUCCUAGCCUCUGAGUUUGGGGAAAUGUUCUCUCAUUAGGUUUCACUUGUUCCUCCUUUGCUUAAUCUGGCUUCAUCAUGUCUUCUUUUUCUAUUUUCUUCCGCCUCUUUUCAAUGAACAGCCGGCCAUGCAAGGGUCGGCCCUCUCGUCCUGAGAGCCCCCUGCCUCCUUCUGACAACUAGAAGCCCCCCCUUUUUACCCCUCGGGGCCCCUGACAUCCCCCCCACCCCCACCCACCACUCAGCCCCUACACGGUGGAGGGUGAAUCCCCACUGUCCUGCACACAAACACACCAAUCAGAAACCUCAGCAGCUCUCCACAACAGCCUCCCUCUAAGCAAGGGAGGAGACGGGGAGUGAGAGAAAGAGAGAGAAGAAAUCACCAACCCCUCUAUCUCCCUGUGUCUAGCUAUGCCCUUCUGUGGCCACUAGGUCAUGUGUCACUGUGAAGGCCCACUUAUGGGUUGUGCUAACCACGAUAAUGUAUUGUAUUACUGUAUCUGCAUGCAAUGACACAAGUUCAGGUGCUCAGACUAACUGUGACCUGGUGUAUAUCGGUGUAAACUCCUCCACAACCAGCUCCCCUAGGCACAUGCUGCUUUCUGUGCUUCAACCUCUGUACUGAUGCCACGGGUGCUGGGGUGGUUGGUAACUCAAAGGUCUCCUGCUAAAAACUGUGGCCCAACAUUGAACUAGAGUCGUCUGUCUCUCUUCUCCUCUCCCACUUGUCAAUGAACCACUGCCCCACUAGUGAAAAUCAGUACCAUAGCGAGGCGGGAUCUAAACUGAAAGUGCAGUAUGUUCUUAUUGGACAGCUUAAUGAGAGCUGUCCACCAAUCACACCAGACUCUGAGUAGAUGCUCAGCCUGAGAGGAGGCGAGGAGACAGACAAGGCCCAAAGGGUGCGUCUCAAUACUGUUGAAUUGCAACAUUUCUCCUUUCCUCAGAAGGAAAGUGGAAAAAUAUAAGUUGUGUUCAAGAAUUAUAUUUUAAAGUGUUGACCCAGCCCAGGAUUAGGUUUUUGACUCUCAAAGCGUUUCCAAGACCACUGGCAGGAGAACCUCUGAGAAAUAUGUUGAAUAUCAUUGGAACUGUGUAAUGAGUUGGGGGAUGGGGUGGCACUUUCAAUUUUGGCAUGAUUUAUCAGCUUUUUUCUUUCCUUUUUUCUUUCUUUCCUUUCUCAGUGGUCACGGGGGUGAGUGAGGACAUCAGGUUUAAACCACUAACAACCCAAUCAGUGAUGGUCUAUGCAUAGAACCCUAAACACACACACGCCUGUACAGAACACGUCUCCCUCCCAUGUUACUCAUGCUUUCCCGUUGCUGUGUGAGAGAUGUGGACUCUUGUCUGUGGUUUGUUGUAAUAUGACACUGUUGGUAAUAAAAGUACAUGUUGGGCAUGACAACAGUAAAAACUAAACUUAUUAGCAUACCCACAAACCCAUUUCAGUAUCCAUAUUGUACUCACUUCAUACAAACCCUCCCCUCCACAACACCCUGAAAUCUUAGCAAAAGCAAAUACAUAACUUAAAUAUUUUCAUUAUUAUUUAAGAGUAAAUAGGACAUAUCUUACGUGUGCGAUUGUGUAUAUUGUGUGGUGCAUCUUAUGGAAAUUGUGCUUCCACUUGUCUACAGGUUAGUUGACAAUGUAUGAAUAUUAAAUUAGUAUGAAUAAGUGACUGAGUAUGUGUACAAUGAAACAUUUAAACUAAAAACAAACUUGAUAAGUGAAAGUUAUAUGAUAUCCCUGUUGAUGGAUGUGUUAAGCAUUGGAAGGUUGUUUGAUGAGUAGCAUGUAGAGGAGAAUCAUUUGUCCCUUGUUUCUCGGUCUCUGUCCGGUGAGAGGAAAUGAGAGGAUGAGUGGAGACUGGGCAGAGUGAAUGUGUGUAUUCUAUCCUGCUGUGACAACAUCGUCCUGUAUCUUAUCUUACUGCUGUGGGUGGCAUGAGUCUGUCCAACAGGCUGCGCUUCGUCAACACAUUAAAAGUCAGUGUACCAA